AAGUCGUCCUCUGUGCAUGUUGUUGCUAGCUAACGUUAAUGUGUGCUCAGCGGUUGUUUUAGAGUACUUUAAUUAAAAUAUAGUAUAUAUAUAAUAUAUAUAUAUUAAUUCACUUUCACACGAUGACAUCCAGAGGGACAGCGAGUCGCUUCCUGAACAGCGUUCUGCAGAACGGUGUCGGUCGGUACGUCUGCCAGCUGAAGCGAGUCUCCAUCAUCUUCUCUAAAAACGCACAGAGCUCGUUGGGAGUCAGGGAGUUCAUUGAAGAGGGAGUGGUGGAUUAUGCCAAGAAGAACCCUGCCACCGUCGUGUACGUGUCUCCUCAGUCAUGCAGGAUACCCAAAAUAGUUGCAGAAUACUUAAACGGCAACGUGAGGGAAGAACUCGUCACGAGCAAAACAUCCCCGCAGAUUUCGGAGCUUUUGACCAAGCUGACCAAUCAGUCCGGUCUGGACAUCAUCCGCAUCCGCAAGCCCUUCCACACAGACAACCCCAGUAUCCAGGGCCAGUGGCACCCAUUCACCAACCGGGCCCCGUCCAUCGGCCCCAUCAGACCACAGAACCAGGACGCCGAAUAAGGACCAGAGUCUGAAGUGACAAUUGCUCAUUAAUUGCAGAAUAUUCUUGCGAGAUGUCCUUCUUUGAAGCUGUUCAAGUGAACGAUCUGAAUUAAAUCACAGGUCAAGUACGUUUGCGGCAAUUUUCCAAUGAUUCUGCAGAAGACCCCACUAACGGCAGAACAUUUUCCACCAUGCCGUUCUUUCGUUGGUGGCGGCGAAGCCUCUGUAGCUGUGCAGAAAAGUGCACACAUCACCAGCUCUGAAUGUUGAUUAGACUUUACAUGAAUCCACCAGAGGCUUGUCAGCUGGCAUAUUAAAAAAACAACAUAACUGUUUUUUUUAACGUCAAGGUUAUUUGAAGAUUCACUGUGAUGAAGUGCAGCGCGGAGCAGAUGGAACUUUGUAUGAAAUAAAUAUUAUUGUGCAAAUGCUG